AUGUCUUUCACUGCCUUCAAUUCGUAUCAGCUUGAUACGUCAGAUAUAUUAGAUGCGCCAGGUAUUGAGCCUUCAAAUGACUACUACCAAUUCAGUCCAUUCAACACUUGCCAAGUCCCAGGCAUGGCUCAGUAUGGUAUGAAUUCCGCUGAAGAUUUACAAGAAGUCGAGGAGUCAAAGUCAAACGCCAGGCUCAAGCUCGGUUACAAGCGAGCUUCAUCGGCGUGCAAACAGUGUAGGCAUCGAAAAAUCAGAUGCAUCGCCUCUUCCUCUGACGCCCAAGCUCGCUGCGUCAGCUGCGUUCGCUUGAAGAAAGAAUGCAGUUCUUACCUGACGGGCCAGUCAUCUACUGAAGGGUCUAGUCUCGUUCGAAUAGCAAGGUUUUCUCCUGGCCCGGAUCCAGGCUUGCUCCCAUAUAAUCCAGCACGGAAUUCUGAAACCGUGGAUCGAUAUUUAGAUGGCAUAAAGUCGUCUCUGAAUCCAUCCGAAAUAAGGCCUACACCUCCAGUAGUACCCGUUAGCACUGGGAUACCAUGGACAGACGGCUUUGCACCUGACAUGAGAGUAUCUACAGUGGCAAACCCGGCAAAUCUCAUCAUGAGAAGCCAGAGUCUUCCAGGUAAGAGUGGUCGAGUCUUGGGUCAAGACUUGAAUUCAAACGCAGCUGGGUUCGACUCAACCCAGGGGGCACAGCUCUCAGAAGCCCCUGCAAUGUCGCAAUUCUCAACACUGGCGGAAAUGUCUAGCCCAUCGACUUCGUCGGUUUCUGAUUCGGCAAAUCCUCUAUUUCACCCUGACUUUGGCAUUCCAUGGGAUUCCAACUCACAUGCACUGCCGAUGCGAUUCAUGCCCGGGUUGUCUGAUUCCGCAAAUAUGGGUGAUAUGUUCAUCGGUGGCGGAGGGGAUGUUUUUGAUUUUAAUUCGGGCCCCGGGCCCAGUACAAAUCAGCCGCUUCCUCUUCAAGUCAACCCAGUGAUUCAGGGUCGCAGUCAAUCGCUUCCCUACAACGGAUAUGCCGUCAAUACAUACUGGGAAUGA